AUGGCUGACAACCCAGAGGAGCCAUCGCAUAACGCGCUGUCUUCAACCUUUCCCAACCCGCCUCCGUUUUGGAGGCAGUUCACGCCCGAAAACCUAUCCCGCAUCGAAGAGCUUCGCAAAGCCCAGGCCGACAAAGAUGGUAUCGCAGUCAAGGACCUGACCGUCCGCCUACCAGAUAUUCCCGAAGAUCUCAUGCACCUUCAACCGCCAGCCGAACCAGCAACAGGCACUUGGAGAGUCCUCGGAGGAAACUACACUCUCGACGACAAGCUUCCCUCUUUAGAGGAGGGCGAAAUCCAACGACUGGCGCCGGCGCACUCGGACGAAAAGGACGGUAAACCCAUCGACCGGGCAUUCGAGCUCAAGAAGAUGGCCAAGUCUCUUCUCUUGAACUUCCUGGAGCUUGUCAGCGUCAUGGCAACGGUGCCGGACGACGGCGCUGCCAAAAUCCAAGACCUGCGCAUUCUCCUAAUUAACUUCCAUCAUCUUCUCAACGAAUACCGACCUCAUCAAGCUCGCGAAUCGGCCAUCGCUCUGAUGCAAUCGAACCUCGACCGCACAAGGGCAGAAACAGCAGCCAUCCGAGCCCAGGUGGACAAGGCGAAGCGGGUCCUGGAGGGCCUUGGCAGCAUCGAGACGCCCAAGGCACCAGAAAACAUCACGUCAGCCGUUGAUGGCGAACUGACCGCCAAAGAUGUGGAGGCCUUCAGCAGGGCGAGAGAGCAGGAGGUGUGGGCGGAUGCGGACGUGUUGUUUCUCUAG